UUCGCGGCAACUUGUGGCGGCGGAGCAGCAGCGUCCCGACCCGCGGCGGCAGCAGCAGCAGGAAGGAGGAGGAGGAAGGAGGAGGGCGGCGAGGAGCCCUAACGAAGCCCCGCACCGCCUCGCCGGGCCAGCCGGACUCUCAGCGCGGCGGCGGCAGGGACCGCGGGCCCGGCCCGCGCCGGGAGGACUCUCCGCGCCGCGGCCAGAAGUAAGGCUUCGUUUUCUCCUUCUUUUCUCCUCUCCCUGCGCGUCCGGGAGGGUUGGGGUGGCCGUGCGGAGCGGGGCGCAAGCGGCGGCCGGCAGCUUCUCCGCGCUGCCGCAGCUCCCGGCGCCACUCCGCGGACUCUGUUCUAUGAGUGCAAAGAUGGAGCCUACUUUCUACGAGGAUGCCCUGAACGCCAGCUUCGUGCCGCCGGAGAGCGGCGGGUAUGGAUAUAAUAACGCCAAAGUCCUAAAGCAGAGCAUGACGCUGAACCUGUCCGACCCAUCCAGCAACCUGAAGCCGCACCUGAGGAACAAGAACGCCGACAUCCUCACCUCCCCUGACGUGGGACUCCUGAAACUGGCCUCGCCUGAGCUGGAGCGGCUCAUCAUCCAGUCCAGCAACGGGUUAAUCACCACCACGCCGACCCCGACGCAGUUCCUCUGCCCCAAAAAUGUUACCGACGAGCAAGAGGGGUUCGCGGAAGGGUUCGUGAGAGCCCUGGCGGAACUGCACAACCAGAACACCAUGCCCAGCGUCACCUCCGCCGCUCAACCUGUUAACAGCGGCAUGGCACCUGUGUCCUCUAUGGCCGGCAACAGUAGUUUCAACGCGAAUUUGCACAGCGAGCCCCCGGUGUACGCCAAUCUCAGCAACUUCAACCCCAACGCGCUCAACUCGGCACCGAACUACAACGCCAACAGCAUGGGCUAUGCACCGCAGCAUCACAUAAACCCCCAGAUGCCGGUGCAGCAUCCCAGGCUUCAGGCUUUGAAAGAAGAGCCUCAGACUGUACCUGAAAUGCCAGGGGAAACUCCUCCCCUGUCGCCUAUUGACAUGGAGUCACAGGAGAGAAUCAAAGCCGAGAGAAAACGUAUGAGAAACAGAAUCGCGGCGUCCAAAUGCCGGAAAAGGAAGUUGGAAAGGAUUGCCAGGUUGGAAGAAAAAGUGAAAACUUUGAAAGCCCAGAACUCAGAGCUGGCAUCCACUGCCAACAUGCUCAGAGAACAGGUUGCACAGCUUAAGCAGAAGGUCAUGAACCAUGUCAACAGCGGGUGCCAGCUAAUGCUAACGCAACAGUUGCAAACGUUUUGAAGAGACUUGUCUUAAAUGAGAAACUGUGAUAUUGUGGUAUAACUAAAACACAACCAAAAGUGGCAGAUGCGUAAAGCUAAUGGUAAAAGCUGAAAGGCUGAGUCCUGCCUGUGCUCUGCAAAGCGCAUGUGUGGAAAGACUGUGGAGCCUUCGGCUUGAGUUAGCAGCCGAGCGGCCAGCACCGCUCCGGGAAGUGCUGUUCCUGCUCAGAUGAGAUGUCAGAUCUUCGUUUAACAUUGACCAAGACCUGCAUGGACCUAACAUUCGAUGAUCAUUCAGUAUUAAAGGUUAAACUGCAAUAGAAACUGUAGAUUGCUUUAUGUAGUAUUACUUAAGGAAAAAAAAAAAAGUGGGAGGGAGGUUUGUGGGAGGCUGAUAAACAAAAACCUAUUCUGCCUGCCUUCAAGUAAAUUGUGUAUGUACAUAUCUUUUUUUAUUUUAUUUUAUGAAAGUUGAUUAAUGUCAAUAAACUACUUCAUGACUUUGUAAGUUAUUUUUAUGUUGUUUAUUUGGGCACUGCCCAGUAUUGUUUGUAAAUAAGAGGCUUUUUUUUAGCACUCUGAGUUUACCAUUUGUAAUAAAGUAUAAUUUUUUAAUGUUUCUGUUUCUGGAAAAAAUCUAGAAGGUUCUAUUAUAUUUAAAAAAAUAAAAUAAUUAAAAUG